CUAUUGAAAAAGUAAACUGCAUCAGUUACCUGGGAAUAAUGUUCAGAAUGGUACACAUCUUAGCCAGCCUAAUCAAGAAGAUUCUCUCCUGAGUGGCAUCAAACAACGCCUUCUUUCAUUCAUAUUCCAAGGAAUAUCAAAUGAAGAAAAAAACCCAGCCUUGAGAGCCCAGGGUUGAAGAAGAAGUUUUACUUUCGUUUUCAAGAUUAUGUGGACUUGAUUAUCUGGAAGGUACAAUUCUUGGACCGGCAGCACCUGCUGAUCAAGUUUGGUAGUGUGGAUGGAGGGGUGUCACGAAAUGCCGAUCAACACCCAGUUUUUUUUGCGGUAUAUAACAUGGAGACAACUGAAAUUGUUGCAUUUUAUCAGAAUUCUGCAGAGGAGCUUUAUCUCUUGUUUGAGCGUUUCUGUGACCACUUCCACACGGCAUCAAAAAAUUCUGUGUCUAUGAAUUUCAUAUCAUCUCACUCAAAUAACAUUCAUGCUCUGGAGCAAAUAAGAUCCGUAAAAAAUAAAGCAAGUUCACAGUUUAUGAAGAAGAUGCUGGGAUCUUUGCCUUACAGUUGUCAGUCACUGAGUCCUUCUCCCUACUUUGACCAAUCUCUCUUUCGGUUUGACGAAAAGCUGAUUUCUGCAAGCGACCGGCCUAGACAGUCAACAGACCAUCCCAUCAAGUUCAUUUUAAGAAGGCAACCAUGUUCCCUCAAAUUUAAGAUCAAACUAGGUCCUGAAGCAGGCAAUGCGGAUGGUCGGACAAAAAAGAUCGCAUCAUUCUUGUUCCAUCCAUUUUUACCUCUGGCACUCUCUGUUCAGCAGACUUUGUUCUUGCAGCCAUCAGUAGUGAAUAUUCAUUUCCGGGGAUGAAGUAAACAAGCCCUUGGGCCAGAUUGUAGAUUUGAUUGAGAAAAAAAGUGUAUAUUUAUUCGGAAAGGAUACAAAUGAUAUAUUUACACUUGAGGUAGGGAGUUGCAUGCUCCAACUCCAACCACUGUUCUGAAACAUCCACAA